GAUUUGUAUGUCCAUCAUUCAAAUCUCAACCCUCUUUAGUUCAACACAUUAUUAACUUCAAAAUGGCCGUCAAACUGUGCUUCCUUGCUUGCGUCGCAGCUCUUCUAAACGGCGCAUACAGCCAAUGCCUAGUCCGUGAUGCCCUUAUUGGUCCCGGUCUGGCUGGCCCCUACGCUGCUGGCUGGGGCUACGACGGCCUGGGAGCCUUCGACGCUCUGGGUUACGGUGGUGCAUGGGCAGGUGGUCUCGGACCCUAUGGACCAGGCUUCGCAGGUAUUGCACCAGCUACCGGACUUGCUGCUGCGUACGGCGGUGGUCUCGCCGUCACCAGUGCGUCUCCUAUCGCUCCUACUGGCCUCUCCGUUACCUCUGAGAAUGCCAUUGAGGGUACACUUGCUGUGAUCGGCCAGCUGCCUUUCCUCGGUGCUGUGGCUACUGACGGCGCUUUCCCCACCGUGGGUGCUGGUGCUGUGUCUUACGGCUGUGGAGAUGGUGCCAUUGGCAUCGUAGCAGAGGCCCCCAUUGCUCCUGCUCCCGCCAUUGCUCCUUACGGCUACGGCCCUGGACUCGGUCCCUACGGCUACGGAUGCGGAUGUGGAGGAAUCUAUUGAAAUAAUUAAACAUAUUUUUUUACGUAUCAUUUUUAUAUAAUAUGAAAGAUGAAUAAAAUAUUUUUAUAGUAACAUAUUAUUAUGUUUUAAGCGAACUUCCUUGUACUUUUCACCUUGACACAUAGGGUGUUAAAUCUCAUAAUGCCCAUAGCAUGACUACAAAUUUCUUCAAACGGGAACAUAAUUGUGCUAAUAUAUUAUUUUUAGCGACAUAAUAAUAACAUAUCUAAAUAGACAAUACGAUGAAUCAAAAUGUGGCACGAAUGGGCAUAAAGGACUUUCUUUACCUUUGUAGGGCCGAAAGUGGUCCAUAUAUUAUAUAAAAAAAAAAAAAAAAAAAAUACUAUCACCGCGAUAGAA